CCCAACAAAGUAAUUUUGCCCAUUUCGAUCCCCAUCUGUUCUCUCAAAUCUAAUUGGGACCAUCGGAUCGGAUCCGGACAGGCGAUUCGGGUCGGCUUCACCGGUCUUAUCUCUGUCCUCCCUCGCUCAAGCUCAAGCUCGACCUCCGAAGGCUUUCCUCCCACACUCUCUCUCUCUCUCUCUCGAUCCCUCGGUCGCGUAGCUUGGGACAGCAAUCUGAGUGUUGGAGAUGUCGCACAGCAGUAAUAGCAACAUGAAUGAUCCAAGGCAGCCCUCUGCAGCCAAACCAUUUAAACCGCCGAUGGUUUCUCCCCAAGAUCUGCCAGUUGAUUAUUCAGGAUUCAUUGCUGUUGUCUUUGGCGUUGCUGGUGUCAUGUUUCGGUACAAGCUUAGCUCAUGGCUCGCCAUCAUAUUUUGUGCCCAGUCACUAGCAAACAUGAGGAACAUGGAGAAUGAUCUCAAACAGAUUUCCAUGGCCAUGAUGUUUGCCAUUAUGGGAUUGGUGACAAACUAUUUUGGCGCUACUCGUCCAGCCCCGCGCAAAUGAGAGGUCCAUCAAAUUCGGAUUAAGGACAAGUGUAGUGUGUUUGGAGGGUUGUUCCUUAGCUAGAGAGUUCAGUGAGAUUCUUUGAGGCGCAGACAGA